AUGAAAAGACCUACACCUGCCCCAGUUGCGGCAAGACCUUUGGCAGCGCCACCUCCCUCAGCCACCAUAAACGAAGCCACAAAGAACAGUUCCUCUGCAGCGAUUGCGGGAAACGAUUCCCCAGCAGCCAGCGGCUUCUUGCUCACCAGAAGACCCAUCUGGGAGUAA